CACACGCAGGGGCUUUCCUCGGUGACGUGAAUGGAAAAGAGAAUCAAGCUGCGGACAUAAUCUGAGCGAUAUCACGUUCAAGACAGAAAAAAGGGCUGAAAUCUUCCCCGCGGACUGACGGUCGGGGAAAUGCUGUAGCACAGAGCCCUCGGGUUACAUUUGUUAGCUUUACAGUGUAGUUAGUUGAAUGUGACGGUUGUAGAAAAGCAGCGAAUCUCACUGCGCACCGCCCUGUUCUGCUUCUGUACUAUCAGAUAUCAUCAGGACGACCGGCCGAUUCAGAAGGGGAGAACAGCAAACUGGAGCACACACACACACAUCUCGGCGCAGUGAACAGGAGAGGAUAGAAGACAAGCCCUGAGAAAGGAUUACAACCUCUCGAGCCAUCAAAGACUUUACAGUUUGUUUUGUACUGUCAUCGUAAACUUUUAUGGUUCUCUUUUGACGCCCCGAUUUUAAUUGACAGUAUCUGUCAGGUUUGUAGUUGAUAUAUUUGGCGUGCAACUGUUUGUUUUUGUUUCCUGGUUUCUUUUUAGUAUUUACGAGAAGAUUGUUCAAGUGAAAGGACUUUUGUAUUCCUGUUGGUCUGGUUAUCUUUCCGUUUAUUGUUUAAACGACCUUUUAUAGCUAAGAGGAAGAAAUGACUUAUUAAAUGGAAUUUUUCCAACGGGGAAACUGACUGGAAUUUUGCUGAGACCUUGACAGAAAUUCUUUUGUAUAUCAGCACUGCGCACGUUCUUGAGGUUUGGAGCUUGGGUGAAAUCUUUCCGUGGAAGAAUCUGGGACGUUUCACUUGAACUCCUCUAACCCAAACUUGCUGACCUCUCUAAAAGACUCAAGUGGGAGAUCAUUACAAAGUUUUUCCUAGGAAAUGGGAUCCGAAAAGGACUCUGAAUCCCCCCACUCCUCGGUUAGUGGCAUUCCCAAUCCCAAAUGUCGUGGACCGGGCAAGAAGCAAGGCAGGAUCUCUUUUCAUAGCCUCUUCCAUAGCAAACGUGGGCCUAGGGGGAGCAAGGCUAAUGUGGGCACUCCUCUCGCUCAACAGCUGCACCAACAGCAGCAAAUCCAGCAGCAGCAGCUUCUGCAGCCCCCCACGCCCACCAAUGUGUCUUCAGACCCUUCAACGGCAGAUCCCGCCGAGCCACUCUCCACUAGCCAGGCCUCUCUGGGAGGUCAAGAACUUCUAGAAUGCCCCCUGUGCCUGGUGCGGCAACCUGCGGAGCAGCUUCCCGAGCUCCAGGGAUGCAGCCAUCGCUCUUGCCUGUGCUGUCUACGGCAGUAUUUGCGGAUCGAAAUCACAGAGAGCCGAGUGCAGCUCAGCUGCCCAGAGUGCGCUGAGAGACUUGCCCCAUGGCAGGUGGCCCUCAUCCUGGAUGAUCCUAACCUGAUGGAGAAGUAUGAAGAGUUCCUGCUGCGCCGCUGCCUGGCGUCAGACCCUGACUGCCGAUGGUGUCCCGCUCCAGACUGUGGUUUCGCAGUCAUUGCCUCCGGAUGUGCCAGUUGCCCCAGGUUGGUGUGCCGAAGAGAAGGGUGUGGUGCCGAGUUCUGUUACCACUGCAAGCAAGCGUGGCAUCCUAACCAGACAUGUGACUCUGCCCGCCAACAGAGAGCGCUGUCCUUGAGAACGCACAGUAACCAUUCACCCAGCUACACAGCCGAGCAGGGGCACACUGAUGACAUCAAGCCUUGUCCUCGAUGCGGUGCCUACAUCAUCAAGAUGAACGACGGCAGCUGUAACCACAUGACCUGUGCUGUGUGCGGCUGUGAGUUCUGCUGGCUCUGUAUGAAGGAGAUUUCAGACCUGCACUACCUCAGUCCAUCAGGUUGUACAUUCUGGGGAAAGAAGCCAUGGAGUCGCAAGAAGAAGAUUCUGUGGCAGCUGGGCACUUUGAUUGGUGCACCGGUGGGCAUCACUCUUAUCGCUGGCAUUGCUGUUCCUGCUAUGGUUAUCGGCAUUCCUGUUUACAUUGGGCGCAAGAUCCACUCGCACUAUGAGGGCAAGAAAACCUCUCAUCACAGGAGGAAUCUGGCCAUCACUGGAGGUGUGGCGCUGUCGAUCAUCACAGCUCCAGUCAUCGCUGCUGUCAGUGUGGGCAUCGGUGUGCCCAUCAUGCUGGCGUAUGUGUAUGGUGUCGUGCCCAUCUCUCUGUGCCGCGGCGGGGGCUGUGGGGUCAGCCGGGGCAAAGGAAGAGGAGUUAGAAUAGACUUCGAUGAGGAUGAUGGACCUAUUACAGUUGCGGACGCGUGGCGAGCUCUGAAGUCCCCCAGUUUGGGCGAGAGCAGUCUGGAGGGAGCAGCCAGUGGCCUCAGCACCACCUCCCCCAGUGAGGGUCUCUCUGUUGCUCCUGGAGGUUUGGGAGACACGCCCCACUUCAACACACUGGCCGGAGGAGCUCUGGGCGCCAGGACUGGAAAAUACAGCAGGCUGGAGGUGCAGGGGACGGAGCUGGGAAAGGAAGUUGCUGGCAGGGAGACGGGCAGCUUGGGGGCAGCCAGUGAUUGUGCCAGUACGAGAGGCAUGGCUGGAUCAAUCACAUCCUCUUACACCUUACCUGACAGAGAGGGCACUAACCUUGAGAUCCAGGUGGACAUUGAAACCAAACCGAGCCAUCUGUGUCUGACCACUGAAGAGGAUCUGGCUCCGCCCACUGCUGCCAUGGCGCCCGGCGUGGGGGAGGAGCCUCAGGACUGCAGUUCUCGCCGGAGCAGGACGGUCAUGGAUUCCCCGCUGGGCCUUUCUCCAGGGAUGUCACUCAGGGAGGGUCUCCGAGAUGUCACCCUUGCUCAGCCCGAAAGCAUCCGCAGCGACCUGGAGAUGUCUGACACGCAGUCCGACGACAUCGCCGAGCUCACGUCCGAUGACUGUGACUCGCCUCAUCCCAAAAGCUGCCACGGAGCGCCCCCGCAGGCCACCUGCAGAGCCUUGAACCCCACCGACAGCCUGCACUGUCCCGACAAUGUCAUCCUGUACGUGUGAGAGACUCUCGCACCAUUGCACAAAGCCAACCAUUUUUUCCAAGCUUCUGACGCUUUACCUGUUAUUUUGCUGCUUUUUUAUAAUUAUCCGAACACCGUAGUGGCAACUCGUGGAACUGACUGCUCAUCGCUCUGCUCUCCUUGUCCCGCCUGGUUUUAUUAUCGGGCACGGACGGGUCCUCUACCUCUUCAGAAAAUCCAUACUGUUAUUCAUCUGACGGUGUUUACUUCUCAGUGCUGCAAUGCAUUGAGCGAGAGAAAAAAAGUUGAAUCCGGUACUGUCGUGACCAGAAGAAUUUCCAAACAAACAAACAAAUAAUGCUACAAAACGAAACGUCGCCAAGCACAUGUAUACGCGAGGGGUUUGUAUAUGGAUGACACAUCACAGUAUUGUUUGUAUGUUUGUUUUACAUCUUUUGUUAAAAAACGACGUGGAAAUUGUAUGAUUUAGGCUACCGCAUGCAUGUUGGAUGCCUGCGCCGCGCUAGUAAUGUUUUGGUCGCGCUGGCCUGGUUUGCACAGAAAACAAGUAGGGUCUGUCUGCAGACUGCAGGACAGAGACGUCACAUGAAGGGGUCAGUUGUAGUAGAGGCGUAACUUUAGGUUGUGGAGACCCACAUGUCUAUGUUGUCUGCAAGAUGGUGCUGUACAUCAGUUAUUAACGUCUACAGCUAAACCUACUCCACACCUAAACCCAGCCAUCACAGUCAUUAACGUCUACACCUACACCUACUCCCCACUUAUACCCAACCAUCACAGUUAUUAAUGUCUACACCUACACAUUCUCCACACCUAAACCCAACCAUCAUAGUUAUUAGAGUCUACACCUUCCCCAACCCUAAAUCCAACCAUCACAGUUAUUAACGUUUACACCUACACAUACUCCACACCGAAACCCAACCAUCAUCGCUUUUAACGUCUACACCUACACAUACUCCACACCUAAACCCAACCAUCAUAGUUAUUAGAGUCUACACCUUCCCCAACCCUAA